AGGAAAUAUUUUGUUCAAAUGAAGGGAAGUGAACAUUUGACACAUCCAGUUACCAUUGAAUGGAAAAUAGCACAAAUCCCAUCAGUGUCAAUAUGAGCAGUAGUAACACUACUCCUCAGUCUCCAGAACCCACCAGCAGCAGUUAUCCAAUGAUGACAGUGACUCCCAGCACAAAUGGAGCAGCUCAACCAGUAGCACCAACACCAACAGCACCACCACCAUCAAUAACAACCAUCACAACCACUGCUCAAGUCUCAGCACCUCCACCUUCAUCCCCUCAACAAGCCCCUGCCAAGCCCAGGAUUGUCAAGACAGUGAGGUUCGACCUGACCUUUGAGCAAGACAAUGAUGACCCAAGCAAGGCUGGGAUUGCAGAGAUUCGUCAGGUAGUGGUGAAUGAUGGGGAUUCCACCCCUGAGGGCACUAUUCAGUUUUUCAACCCUCUCAACCUGCUCCAGCAACACCAACAGCAACAGGUUGUGAGGGAGUCUGAGCCCAACAGCAAAAAGUGGACUCAUGGUGGAGUUGUGGUGCUGAUGGGGGCAAUAGCAGUGGCAAUCAUGGUGAUGUUCUAUGCCAAAACAAAUGGUGACUCCUCCAAUGACAACAAGAAGGGUUCCCUGGAUGCAAGAACAGGGUUGAAUGACUCUGGCUUGUUCAAUAGUGACAUCAAAGCCAGAAUAAACAUUGGGCAAGAUGGGUAUUUGCGGAUGCGGCCAUCUUUGGAAGGCCGGGCUAUUCCUCCCAGGUCCAACAAGGGUGUCAACCACAUGAUUCAAGAGCUUCUCUAUAUUUGGACAACCUAUGAACAUCAGGAUGAUGCUGUGGAUUGUCCUUCAAUCAUGAUGCCAAGAGCUGACCAUCCUUGCAGAUUUGAAAUGCCACUCGUGGGUGAAAGUUGCAGACCAGAAAAUGCUUUUGGGUAUCUGGACUACAAGCCUUGCAUUUUUUUGGACCUGGUCCAGACAGGAGAAUGGAUACCAGGUCCUUACUACAAAGGAUACUCAUCAGAACAUGAGACUCCAUUGUGGGCUCCAGUGAAUUGUUACCUUUGGGUGAGAUCCAAGGAAGGAGCAGCUUUGCAGCAGGGAUACUUGAGUUCCAUUUGGCCCAGUUUUGGGUUUCCAAGGUGGUUUUUCCCUGCAUCAGCCUCAACCAACUUUUAUUCCCCAAUGGUAGCAAUCCAGUUAGACUUGGCUGACCUUCCUCCAAACUCGAAUUUUGUGACUCUCAUGUGUCAAGUCAUGGCCAGCAAUGGGCGGCUUCUGGCUGCAGACACCACCUGGGCCACCAUUAGUGUGGCUGAGAUUGUCAAAGAGCAAAUCAACAAGAAAGCUAUUGAGCAAAGAAAAAGAGAAGAAGCAGCUGCAAAGGCAGGGAAUGCUUCGCUGAGCGAUUCUUCUGCAUCCGGAGAAUCGGGACUCGGUCGCGGCCUUGGCCUGAAAUCACUGGCAUCUCAGAAAACCGGACUCAACAGGAAAUUCAGCAACUCGUGACCAAAAUUUUCUCGCCAUCAUUCAUUCAUGAAAAUGAGAAAAAGAAACCUCGAUGAUGUUCACGUCGGCUCCCAUUUUUAUUUUCUUUAAGGAAGAUGAAUCCAACUUUGCCAUUUAUCGAAAGCGGCUUUUAUUUUUCCACCUUUUAUCCUGCUGCGAAUGCUUGUCAAAAAAAAAAAAAUUCACAUCUGCUGGGCCAGUCACAAAAUUUCCGUUUUCGCCAAUAUCCCAAUUUGAAAGGAUUUCUCUUUUGAAAUUUUUUUGCAAUGUUUUUUUUUUUUUGCGCGUGAUAAAUCGGGUCCAAAAGUGCCUGAGAAAGAAAAGAAAAAAAUACUGAGAGGGCAAUUUUGUGUUUUUUGUUUGUUUUUUUUUGUUUUUGUCCUUCGCCUGCUUCAUUCCAGAAGAAAACGUGGCUGCGCACAGUUGUCAAUGUUAUAAGCUCCGAGUUGCAAAAGAUGAUUUUUCUGUUUAUUGUUGAGAUGACGAAUGGUGCUGUCAAUUUUUCGUUUUUUUUCGACGAAAAGGAUGAAUGUGUCUUUUUUUUGGGGUAGAGGAAAAUGCUUCAUCUUCUGGGGCGAAUUUGAAGAAUGCAUUCCUCUGUGCUUUCGUAGAAAAAAUAUACUUCAUAUUGUUCAUUU